AUGGCAAUGAACCUUCCGCCAACUCAAGCCGGCGAGAAUGCCGCACUCACCAAGCCAGGCGAUUGGUCUCUACACAUGGUCACAGCCGCGCUCAAAUUUGCCUCAGACGAGAAGACGUCGACGGGGUACACCAUCGCUGACGAGGCUCGUCUCGACAUACUCAACACGUUAAACUGGUACGAAGCGCAUGCAGAGUACGAGUGGCCUGACUUUAGCAAAUCCGGCUUCGACUUUGCACAGACGAUGAGGCUUCGUCGCGCACUGGUUAACGAUGUGUAUCUUGCGCUGCAGAAGGCUGGCAACAUUAGAAUUACGGGUCAGCCUGGUGUGCUGGGCACGCCGGAGAGUGGGCGUAGUAGUGCGAAGAGGACACGCACUUCCAGCCGUCAACUUUUGACAGGACGGAAGCGACGCUGCAAACGCGAGGAAGGGUCUGAUACGAAUAUCGACGAGGACAAGCCAUUCUGGGAUGAUGAGGAGUUCCUGGCCAGCACAAUGAGAAGCAUGAUUACCAACUCUGGUGCAGACGUGGACAGCUACCUCAACGGCGAGAUGGACGCCGAUUCUCUUGAGGCAAUUGUGCACGAUGGACUCGUUGGGGUCUGGAAUAAACCCGUGGCCACAUACGGGAUAGUACCGCAAGAGUUGGAGAGGAAGCAGGAGGCUUGGGCUACACGUAGGAGGUCCCUAGCUUUGGAAUCGAGCCCGGAGCUUGGUGCGAGGCAUGCUGGUCCGGAGCGCGAGCGAACGAAAAUGACGAGUACGCCGUUGUGUCUCUAA